AAAGUUAGAUAGACACAGUACAAGUAAAGAAGAAGCAGAUUUCUCCCCUUUCCAAGAAAUUAGGGUUUUUGGCUUCGAUCGAAUUUGCGGCAAGUAGGUUCAAUUUCUUCCGACAACAGUCAUCUUCUUCCUCAUUUGUCUCUCCGAGUUUCGAAGCAGUGAGCUAAGCUAAAGAACAAGGAACAAAACCAAAUUAUGUGUUUGCGAGAUCUGUCUCAUAGUUUAUGGAGUUGGAGAGGUGUUUAAGCUUGGUAUUGAGAAGCUAUACUGUUGUCAGCUUGAGGUGUUUUUAGCGAAAGGGUCUAUCGAGUGAAUAGAAGUUAAAGUAUGGGUUCGCUCUGUUGUGUAGCUGCGAAGUCAGAUAGAUCAAAUUCUACAAGUGGGGACUUUUCAUUUGGCCUGCAUGAGCCUUAUUGGAGGACUAAUACAAGUUUCUCUCCUCCUUCAUCGAGAUGGGACGUCCAUGGAUUAAUGGAUGGUAUUAGCUGUUAUGGAUCUUCCACAUCAUCAAAUGCUAAUGUUCUUCGUAGUCCCGACCUUUCUCAAGCUCUUCAUUGGACACCUAACGAUUUUGAAUCUGCUACAAGAAGAGAUCAGAUUGUUAAGCAACUACCAGGUACAUCAAGAAAUGUCGGUAUUGGUGACUCUGAACCUGGUCGUAACUCCUCAAGCCGGCGCUUUUUCUUGUCUAAGCCGGUUCAUCCUAUACUGCAUCCUUCUGAUAAUGUUAGGGAUACAGCAUCUGAUUCUGCGGAUGCCUGCAGUUGGAGCAGCGGGACCCCAAGCAGCAUUGAUUCUGUGGAUGUUCCUGAGCCAGUUCUUGAUUGGAAUAAUAACUCUACCAAAGCACAACAAGUAGCAGCUUCAAGUACAUUUAAAUGCGGACUGUGUAACAGAUACCUCUCGCAGAAAUCUCCGUGGGGAUCUCGGUCCAUUGUAAGAAACCGAGACAUGCCUGUCACAGGAGUGCUUUCAUGUCAACAUGUCUUUCACGUGGAAUGUCUUGACCAAUCAACUCCAAAGAUUCAACGCAAUGACCCACUGUGUCCAAUAUGCACCAAACAGGAAGGAGAACACUUCAAAUCAAACAACAUUGUCCCGAGGCUUAAACCGCUUUAUGAAGAUGGGCCAUCUUCAAGACCAUGGGGCUGUGCUCAGGCCGGUGACUGUGUUGAAAGUGCUGUCAAUGUGCCCCCUAAAAACACCAUGAUGAUGAUAAACCGGAACCGGAUAAGGAAAAGCCUCUCAUUGAGAGGAAACUCAAGCAAAGAUUUUUCAAGAAAAAUGAAGAGAAGUAACUCAGUUGCCAUGGAAAAUCUGGCUAAUCAAGUCUCGCUUGUUCAUUCUAGAGGGAAAGAGAAAGUUUCAUGGUAGCUGGAGGAAAAAAGCAGAGUGAUCAAAACGUCGAUUUUUCUGGCCUAGUUAAACAUUUAACCUUUUGACAAGUAUUGAUCUUGGAAGACCAGUGAAGUACUGUAGAGUAUUCAUUUUGGAACAUCUGUAAGCAAAUUUGUUUAGAGCUUUGAUGUUGUUAUUCAUCCUGUAAUCAUCUCUGUUGGAGACCAUCUUGACCGGUUUAUUAUCCAAUCUAGAAGGUUUUUUGGUUCGGAUAAUUCUCUGAUUUUGUGGUCUCAUAGAAGAACUUCAAGUUAGAUUGAACAAUUGAGCAAACAAAAAUCAAGAUCUACAUACAAAAGUUGAAGUACUAGUCAUGGUUUUAUAGCUUAUGCCAUAAUCGAAACUAAUCUAAUCAGAAAACACAUUAUACUGACUUUCUUACAACACCAAAUACUCUCUUGAUUAUUUUCUAGAUCAUU